GUCACAUGAGAGUUGGUCACGUGCCGGGGCCGCAGGGUUCGGGGCUCGGGGCUCAGGGUUUGGCUUCCGCAGACCUGCGGACCUCAGCGGGUGCGAUCGUGGCUGCCCCGGAGGCCGCGGAGCUGCACAACUGGGAGGAUGAACCGGACGACCCCCGACCAGGAGCGGGCGCCGGCGUCCGAGCCCGUGUGGGAGCGGCCCUGGUCGGUGGAGGAGAUCCGCAGGAGCAGCCAGAGCUGGUCGCUGGCGGCCGAUGCGGGCCUACUACAGUUUCUACAGGAAUUCUCACAGCAGACUAUCUCUAGGACCCAUGAAAUCAAGAAACAAGUGGAUGGGUUAAUCCGGGAAACUAAAGCCACAGAUUGUCGCCUACAUAAUGUCUUCAAUGACUUCCUUAUGCUGUCUAAUACCCAGUUCAUUGAAAACCGUGUAUACGAUGAAGAAGUGGAGGAGCCGAUACUCAAGGCUGAGACAGAAAAAGCAGAACAGGAGAAGACCCGGGAACAGAAAGAAGUAGAUCUGAUUCCUAAGGUUCAGGAGGCCGUGAACUAUGGUUUACAAGUAUUGGACAGCGCAUUUGAACAACUAGAUAUUAAAGCAGGAAACUCAGACUCAGAAGAAGAUGAUGCUAAUGAACGGGUGGAACUGAUCCUUGAACCAAAGGAUCUGUACAUUGAUCGUCCUUUACCUUAUUUAAUUGGGUCAAAGCUAUUCAUGGAGCAGGAAGAUGUAGGUCUCGGAGAGCUGUCUAGUGAAGAGGGGUCAGUAGGCAGCGACCGUGGCAGCAUUGCAGACAGUGAAGAGAAUGAAGAAGAGGAGUCAGAUGAAGAUUUUGCCACUCAUAGUGACAAUGACCAAAACCGGCACACUGCACAAAUGAGUGACGAAGAAGAGGACGAUGAUGGUUGUGACAUUUUCGCUGACUCUGAGAAGGAGGAGGAAGAUAUUGAGGACAUUGAAGAAAAUACCCGACCUAAAAAAAGUCGACCUACGUCAUUUGCUGAUGAGCUGGCGGCUCGAAUCAAAGGGGAAGCUGCAAGCCAGGUGGAAGAGCAAAUCUUGUCCAUAGGAGAAGGAAAACCUCGGAAGACACUGAAGGAGAAGAAGGACAGGAGAACUCCCUCAGAUGACGAAGAGGACAACUUAUUCGCACCCCCCAAGCUGACUGAUGAAGAUUUCUCUCCAUUUGGCUCUCGAGGUGGCCUGUUCAGUGGAGGGAAGGGACUUUUUGAUGAUGAGGAUGAGGAGAGUGAUCUCUUCACGGAAGCCCCUCAGGAUCAGGAAGCUCGAAGCUCUGUUAAUGCAGUGUCUUCAUCCUCCAAACCAGGAAAGAAAAUCCCAGCAGGAGCUGUUUCUGUAUUUUUAGGAGACACUGAUGUGUUCGGUGCCACCUCUGUUCCAUCACUGAAGGAGCCACAGAAGCCUGAGCAGCCUGCUCCAAGGAAAAGCCCAUACCCUCCAGCCCCUGCUGGCCUCUUCGAUGAUGACGAUGACGAUGACGACUUCUUUGCAGCAUCCUCCAGCAAACCUUCCAAGACAGACAAAGUCAAAUCCACUGCCAGUAUCUUUGAUGAUGAGGAAGGAGACCUGUUCAAAGAAAAAGCAGCUGCUUUGCCAGAAGCCACUGUGAAUCAGACAGAUGAAAAAAAAGCAAGGGCAGAAAAAAAGGUUACCCAACCUUCCAACAAAAGUCCCAAGCCCUUGUCAGAAACAAAGACUCAAAAAGGUUUAUUUUCAGACGAAGAGGACUCUGAGGAUUUGUUUUCUUCACAAAAUGUGAGUAAGUCAAAAGAGGGAUCUCUCCUGCCUAGCAAACUCCCCACGUCGGUCUCGCUUUUUGAUGAUGAAGAUGAAGAGGAUAAUCUUUUUGGGGCAACAGCUGCUAAGAAGCAGACAUCAUCUCUUCUAACUCAGAGCCAAGAGAAAGCAAAGCCUUCUGAGCCCUCCAGAAAGAAAGCAUCUGCCUUAUUAUUCAGCAGUGAUGAGGAGGACCAGUGGAAUGUUACUGAUUCACAGAUGAACUCAGCGUCUGACAACAGAUCUAAAGGAGAACUAAGGGGCUCUGGGACCAAUCAGGAGCAGGAGGCUAAGGCUGUGAAAAAGACCAGCCUCUUUGAGGAGGAUGAUGAAGAUGAUCUGUUUGCUGUUGCUAAGGACAGCCAAAAGAAGACCCAGAGAGUGUCACUCCUCUUUGAAGAUGAUGCCGAUAGUGGAAGCUCUCUCUUUGGCUCUCCUCCUGCAUCUGUUCCUCCUGCAACAACGAAAAGAGAGACUGUCCCUGAAGUAACACCUUUGCUGUUCAGCGACGAAGAAAAGGAGGCACCAUUCGGAGUGAAACCUGGGGAUAAGAAGGUUGAUGGUGGCAGAGACUCAUCAGCAGUGGGGAGCACUCAUUUGGUUGAGGAGUCAGAAAAGGGAGGACCUUUGACUAUAUCUACUCAGGAGUCGGUUGAGCAUUCUGAUUUAUUUUCUUCAUCAUCCCCCUUGGACAAAGGAACCAAAAGUAGAACCAAAACUGUUCUUAGUUUAUUUGAUGAGGAAGAAGAUAAAACAGAAGAUCAAAAUAGCAUCCACGCUCCAAAGAAAGAAGUGGGAAAGGGUCCUGAUCCUGAUACUCGCCCAAAGAGCACAGGUGUCUUUCAGGAUGAAGAGCUCCUUUUUAGUCACAAGCUCCAGAAGGACAAUGAUCCAGAUGUUGACCUCUUCUCUGGCACCAAGAAAACCAGGUUACUAGAGCCAAGUGAUGGGAGCCUAUUUGGGGAUGAUGAAGAUGAUGAUCUUUUCAGCCCUGCCAAGUCACAGCCUUUGAUCUCAGAAAAGAAGAAGGUAGUGAAAAAAGACCACUCUGUAUCCUCUGUCAAGAACCAGAAACAUCCUGAAUCCACUCAGCAGGGUAUCAAAGAAAAAAGCACAUUGAAACCGGAAACACCUCAGGACUCACCAGGUCCCGCUCCAUUUAAAACCAAAGAACCAUCCCCUCGGAUCUGGAAAAUACAAGCAAAUUUAGCGAUUAAUCCAGCAGCCUUGCUGCCUGCAGCGGCUCCCCAGAUCUCUGGAGUAAAACCUGUUUUGCCAGAAUUGGCUUUUCCUUCAUCUGAACCCGAGAGGAUCCACGGUCUGGAAAGUAUGCCCGCUCUUCCUAGUAGUGGGGAGGCCGGCGUGAGUUUUGAUCUUCCAGCUCAGGCAGACACCUUACACAGUGCAAAUAAGAGUCGGGUCAAAGUGAAAGGGAAGCGUAGACCGCAGACCCGUGCGGCUCGGAGGUUGGCUGCCCAGGAGUCCGGUGAGGCCGAGGAUGUGAGUGUCCCCAGAAGAUCCAUUGCACGCUUGGCAGAUGGCAACAUUUCACCAGGUGACCCUCAACCACAGCCCAGGGCAGCUGGGAGAAAAGACAUCUCUGAGGAGGCUGAGGCAGCUGCCGCUCCAACUUGGGCAGGUGGUCCUGUACCUGAAGUAGACAGAAGCCCCUUUGCGAAAUCUCUGGGUCAGCCUCUUGAGGAUGACAUUUUUGAUUCUGGAGAUAUCUUUUCCAAGGGCACUGGCUCUCAGACCACGGGAAGAAGAAAAGCCAAGACAAAGGCAGCAGAUGGCCUGGCCAACCCAACAGGGGGAAGUAAAGAGAAGAGCCCCAUGUUUCCCUCUCUAGGUGAGGCAGGCAGUGAUGAUGAUCUCUUCCAGUCUGUUAAACCAAAACCAGCAAAGAAAACAAAUCCUUUCCCGCUCCUGGAAGAUGAGGAUGAUCUCUUUACAGAUCAGAAAGGCAAGAAGAAUGAGUCCAAAUCCAACGGUCAGCAGGAGGCCAUCUCAAAAGCACAAGAUAUUUUUGAGGAUGAUAUAUUUGCUACAGAAGCAAUUAAACCCUCGCAAAAAGCAAGAGAGAAGGAAAGAACAUUUGAAUCCAACUUGUUUGAUGAUAACAUUGAUAUCUUUGCUGACCUAACUGUAAAACCAAAAGAAAAGUCCAAAAAGAAAGUGGAAGCUAAGUCUAUAUUUGAUGAUGAUAUGGGUCUAGACCUUGGGGUUAAUUGGGAGAAAGCAGCUGCACUGCCACAUGGGGCCUGGUCCUGGAGUAAGCUGUGUGCUGUGUCUCCACCUGCUUCCCACCACAGGGGAUGCAGAAGAGACUUCGCUGUUUUUCGUUUUGUUUGUUUGUUUUUAAUUACAGAAAAAGUAAUACAUACCUGUUGUAAUAGAUUAGUAUUAUUUGGAAAAUGUAAAAUGUGAAAACCAAUCCCUAGAGGUCACCAUUGUUGAGUGUUGGGUGUAUAUAUCUUUUCAGCUGUGGUGAUGAUAAUACAGCUUUGCAUACGUAGAAAGGUAUGCUUAUUUUUUCCAAAAUAUGAAUAUAUUUUAUCUGUUCUGCAGUCCUUUUAGUCACUUACUGUCUUCCCAUGCCAGUACAUAGAGAUCUAUCUGCUUCCUUGUUGUUAGUGGUUGUGUAGUAUCCUUUUGUGUUUAGCCAUUAGCACAUUGAAGGUGAUCUAGGUUGUUGCCAAGUUAUCUUUGUUACAAAUAAUGCCAGGCCUUUAACAUUUGUGUCUACGUAUCUCUAUGUAAACAUGCUCAAAUCUCUGUAGGAUGGAAUCUUAGCAGUAACAUUGCAGGUGAGUCACAAAACACUACAGUCAGUGAAACAACUGAACACGAAUGUAGUCAUAAAGACUUACAUUCUUAGAAUUGACAUGUCUCAGAUAGGUGCAUUUAUUUUAAAAGAGGGUGACUCCUAUGUUGGAUUUCCCUUUGCUUAUUUGUAUUGCCCUUUCCUUUGAAAACCUUGUGGGAAGAGAAUGUAGAAGUAGGUAUAAUGUCACGUAAAGUCAGGGGCUGGAUUGGAGUUCCAGUUAUCCUUCCCUUUUUCCUGUCCUCCAUGUGAACACGCAUACAUUUGUAGUUGAGAAAAUUGUGAUCUGCAAGAACUUAUGAUUUGUAUGUGGUCCUAAAACUUAAUUAGUAGCAAAGCCAGGACCAGUAUCUAAGAGGCUUGGCUCUUAGUGUUCUUGGUAUCCCAUACUGUUAUCAGACUUGAGUAUUUGAUGAUUUAUGUAGCUGUGUCUUAAAAGCACCCAUUUUCUUGCCUGUUCAGCAAAUCUUUUUCUUUUCUUCUUCUUUUUUUUUUUU